AUGUCUAGAGAUAUGACCACGUUGAUUUGGAUCUUAGCAUCCUUGUCAUGUGUCAAUAGUGUAUAUUACAAUGUGAAAUCAGAUGAGUUACAGACAAUCAAGAAAGAAUUAACCCAAAUCAAAACUAAAAUUGACUCCUUACUAGGACGCCUGGAGAAGAUUGAGAAGCAGCAGAAGGCGGAGGCAGAAGCUCAGAAGAAACAAUUGGAAGAGAGUAUAGAGCUGAUCCAAGACGAAUGUGUGUCAGAGAAUGCAGAUCACUCUACAGAGGAGCCUGCUGAAGGAGGGCCAGAUGCCGAUGGAGAAGAGAUGACUGAUGGGAUAGAGGAGGACUUCGAUGAAGAUGGGGUCAUGAGCUGUCUUGGAGAAGCCACCUCGCACACCAUGUGGAGAGAUCCUCCUGGAGGGGACUUGGAGCAUCCUGGCAAUAGCCAGCACUGGUUUGCAGUUCCAUGA